AUUGAACUCGCUCUCACGACAUUGCUACCUACCGUCUCCUUCCUCCCUCCCGAACUCCUCACCCUCGCGAAUUCACUACUAUCCCAAUCGCGCGCCAAAGCUGCCCACCUCAAGCCCGAAGAAGAAAUCGGAAGGAGUUAUGCUUGCGCGCAUAUCGCAUGUCAAAGGCUAGCGAAGAGACUAGAGCUGGAUAUCGACAAGCCCAAGCCGCCCGUGAAGCCAAACGUGUACAAGAAGUUGUAUGCGUUUCUGGAUGAUGUGCUUGGAACUCCGAAGACACCUACGAGGGGAAAUGUUACUCCCGGUAAAAAUGCAACGACUCUAUCGAGCGGAAAGAGAAAACGUGCGAUUGAAGAAGAUGAGGCAGAGAAAACACCACGUCAGAGCACGAGUGAGGAGCAAGACAUCGAUGGACUACCAUCAUCUGUCGCAACGCUAGUGAGAACGAUAUGCCAAUCCACUUCUACAUCCAAAGCAGCACCUCACAUCUUCGUCGGUGCCCGAGCAGUGAAAGCCGAGAUAGAAUCUCGCGCCGCACCGCCCCAAACAGAACCUGAAUCAAGAUCUAAAAGACGACGAAAGACCCCCCAAUCUGCCAAAUCCGCCAAAUCUGCUCCACCACCACCUUCAGAAGUCCCUGAAACAAAACCCGAGAUCAAAUGGCCAGCUCUCAUCCUAGCACUCCACACCAUCACCUGCGCUCGAAUGCGAGGCCUACCCAUCUCAAACUCAGACGUCCAUACCAUGAAACGUGAGGCUCUAGAGAAAGUUCUCGAAAGUCAUUAUGCAGGAGCAGGGAAAAAAGAAUUGGAAACAGAUCUUGGAUUUUAUAUCCUCGAAGCCGAAGAUUCUGGUUGGUUGGAGAUGGAAUGGUACGAGAAUAUUCCUGAAGGAGGGAAGGAGAAAGGGGGUGGGAAGGAGGGUAGGGAGGUUGAGGGAGGAGGAGGAGGAGGAAGAAGGAGAGGUAAUGCUGCGGGUUUGGAGUAUGGGUUGGGGACCAUGUUUUCGCCUGAGGUUGAUUGGUUGAGUGAGGAGAGGAGGGAAGAGUUUAGGGCUUGGAAGGAGGGGAUUUUGAAGAGGAUUGAAGGUAUUGAGGCU